GACUAGUUCAAAGUGUUUGCGAGAAGACUAGUUGAUUAGCUUUCAGAGUCAACUGAACAAUACACCGACUAGUUCAAACAUUUCUGCAUCAUAAGUUUCCUAUUGAACCUGAGAUCAUCUGAAUUUGAUGAUUUGUUACCAUUGAUUUUCAAUAGGAAAGUGAUGAUAGUCAUGAUCGAAAGAUCAUAGAUGCCUAGGAGUUGUGACAACUGGGAAAGGCUGGUGACAGCCACCCUGAGAAGAGAAGAUCUCCGCCUCACUGCUCAGAGGACUCCAAGUGAGCUUUCCUUGGCAUCAUUAUCAUCAUUUUCCUCCUUCGAUCUAGCUUCUUCCUCUCGACGAGUUUCAUCGUUCAACUUCUCCAGCUUGUUGGUGGGGGAUUCAUUGUCAUACAAUCAAAUUCUCCAAGCAACGGAUUACUUGAGUGAAAACAAGCUCAUCAAGCAUGGCGACUCUGGGGAUCUCUUUUUUGGAGUUCUAGAAGGGGGGACUCCGGUUAUAGUCAAGAAAAUUGAUCUCUCAUCAGUCACCAAAGAAUCCCUUUUCAUAGAAGAACUGGAAAUUCUUGCGAAGGUUUCUCAUCAUCAUAGAUUUGUCCCUCUGAUUGGUCAUUGCUUGGAGAAUGAGAAGGAGAAGUUUCUUGUCUACAAGAAUAUGGCUAAAAAGGAUUUGUUAACUUUCUUCUCUAGAAAAAUAGAUUCAGGUAAUCUUAGAAAAUUACGAUUGGUGGACUGGAUAACGAGGUUGAAGAUAGCAACUGAAGUUGCUGAGGGUUUGUGCUAUCUACACCAAUGUGUCCCUCCCCUUGUUCACAGCAACAUUCAAGCAAGUAGCAUACUUCUUGAUGACAAGUUUGAAGUGACGUUAAGCCUUUAUGAGGUCUUUGCUGAAGAAAACCACAUGCGUCAGAAGAAUGGUAUUUCCAGGGCAUUUGGACAAGGCACCAUUGGUACAUCUAAUGAAAGUUAUGCAUCUGGUUCCUAUGCUGUUUAUAGCUUUGGAAAGGUCCUGCUGGAGCUAGUCACAGGCAAGCUGGGUAUAAGUGCCACAGAUGAUUCCACAACCAAUGGUUGGAUGGCAGACGUGCUGUCUAAUAUUCUCCCUGACAAUGCUGAACUCAUUAUAAACAUUGUCGACUCAUCUUUAGCCAUGGCUAAGCAUGUCUUGGCCCAUGUAUGGGCAGUUUCUUUUAUUGCUAAGGCAUGUGUCAGUCCUGAAUCUUCUAAACGACCCAAAAUGCCUCAGAUACUUUUGGCUUUAGAGCAUAUCAAAUCAUCAUGCUUCACCAGUAAAUCUCCCACGACUACGGGUAAUCAUGUCUCAGUUGGAGCAGCUAUGGAGAUUGCAGAGAUACUCUGGGGAUCUAAGCUUGUAGGAAGGACAGGGCCUGCAACUGCUUAUACAGAAACUUUUGGAAGUGGUACUGCCUCAAGUAACCAUGGAAUCUCACAAGCUGGUGGCUCUGAGGAGACUUAUCCAAAUGGAGGGAUCUUCGCUCACCCCAGUUUAACUAUUUUCUCCUAUUCAGAACUUAGGACUGCAACCAGACAUUUUGGAUGCGACAUAGCUGUGAGAGAAGUUGAAUUUGGGAGAGUAUACCAAGCCUGGCUUCGAGACAAAUCCUCGUCAAAGCAUGGCAGUGGAUCGGUAGUUGCUGUUAGAAAUAUGUCCUCUGAAUAUAUGCAGUUAUUUAAGUCUCGUAUACACUCACUUGGAAGGCUUUCUCAUCCUAACGUAGUCGAGUUUCUUGGAUAUUGUGAGGACAAAGACCUACUUGUUGUCCAUGAAUUUAUGCAACGUGGCUGCCUGGACAACCAUCUCUUUAGAGCUGGCUCUGAUGUUCAGCCACUUUCCUGGGACACAAGACUUAACAUUUUAAUUGGAGCAGCUCGAGGCCUAGCAUUCUUGCAUGCAACACAGAAGCAUGGUUUUUAUGAAUAUUUCGGUACCUCAGACAUCUUGCUUGAUGGUGCUUACAAUGCGAAGAUAUCAGGUUUUGGCACUGCAAAGAUAACCCGUCUAAGUUAUUUCUAUGAAGUACAUCCUAAUUUUUUAAGGAAUAGAAGAUAUGUUGAUGCUCCUCCUGAGAAUGUCAUUCCAGGUGCAGGUGCAGGGCUUAUAAAUGUGAAGAGUGAUGUGUAUGGUUUUGGUGUGGUAUUGGUUGCAAUGCUAACAGGUUUAUCUACAAAAGGGAGACAGCGGCUUAGUUGGGGUGAAAUCGAUCCAAUUCCAUACUUUAUGAAUCUCGAAAGAGACAAAUUGAAGAAAAUUAUGGAUCCAAAGUUAGAAGGCAAAUAUCCUUUUAAAGCUGCACAAAUAUUAGGUUCUCUUGCUUCCAUGUGUCUUCAAUAUGAACCGCAAUUCAGGCCAUCAAUGGAAGAAGUUGUCAAGGUACUUGAACGUGUAGCAGCUGCUAAGAAGGAAAGACGAGCCCUGAUAAAGCAGAAAGCACAUCAACAUAUCCAGCAACUUUAGCCGUCUUGAUAGUUCUAGGAUUCUAUCAAUGCUUUGAUCGAACCCAGCCGAUAAUAGCUUACUGUUGUUAUCUCUUUUAAAAAUUAACAGAUCCUUUCGUAUGUUUGUCCUGAUUAGCUAACUGGUGUCUUCUGCAGCUUUCUGUUUCUUUGGUAAUCCAAGCCUCACUUGUCUGUGAAAGGUAAUAGUGAUUACAGUUUUAUAGUCCUUUGAUGGGGAUGUCCUUCCAAGAAUGAGCUUGAGCGACAAGGUGAAGCCCCUUAACAUUUGCUAGUGAUUAUUACUAGAAACAAUGUACAUUCUCACACAUCAAAUCACUCGAACGAUAACUGUACAUAGUUACUUACAACUCUCAAAUGUCGAAUGUAAUUAUUUGUGCCUCAA